AUGCCUAAAGAACAGUACAGAGAAACUGAUGUAGCCAGAAAAAUUUCGCACGUUAGUUUUGGCGUGGAAAGUGCAGAGAGUAUGCAACAGCAGUCCCACAUUCACGUUGUGGCGAAAAAUUUAUACAAUCAAGAUGUUCAACGAACGCCAAUUCCCUAUGGUGUUUUAGACCAAAGACUUGGAUCGAAUUCGAAAGAAGCUCCUUGCCAAACCUGUGGUAAAAACAUCAACCAAUGCGUAGGACAUUUUGGCUACAUCGACUUAGAGUUACCGGUUUUUCACGUUGGUUACUUUAGAAGUAUUAUCAGCAUUUUGCAAUCGAUAUGCAAAAAGUGUGCUCAUGUUCUGCUCGAAGAAGCCGAUAAGCACCAAUACAGAGUGAGACUAGCAAAUCCUCAUCUCAGUUACAUGACCAAAAAGGCCAUUAGGAAGAAACUAGUGGAUAGAUGCAAGAAAAACUACAAAUGUCCACACUGCAAAGAGGUAAACGGUUUCGUUAAAAAAAUGACCGCCAAAGGUAGCACUGGAAAUUCGGUAUUAAAAAUAGUCCACGAGAGGAACCGAGACAAAGACAAAAAGAAUCUGUUGGAAGAUCAAUUAAAAGAAUACACAGUAGCAAUCGAGAGCAAUCCUGAGAUCAAAACAGCGUUAUCCGGAACUCCAAUAUCUGAAAUAUUAACUCCUCUUGAUGUCUUGAAACUGUUCGAAAGAAUACCCGAAAAUGACAUUAUCCUUCUAGCAAUGGACCCGAAAAGAUCCCAACCGAAAGAUUUGAUUUUUACUAGAAUGCUGGUACCCCCUGUAACAAUACGACCGUCUGUUGUGUCCGAUUUAAAAGCUGGAACCAACGAGGAUGAUUUGACGAUGAAACAAUCAGAAAUCAUUUUUAUUAACGACGUUAUUAAAAAGCACAAGCAAUCCGGCGCUUCUGUAAACAUGUACCAAGAAGGCUGGGACUUUUUGCAACUUCAAUCUGCACUGUACAUAAACAGCGAAUUAUCCGGAAUUCCUUUAGCAAUGAUGCCGAAAAAACCCGGUCGGGGACUCGUGCAGAGAUUGAAAGGUAAACAAGGUCGCUUUAGGGGCAACCUUUCCGGCAAGAGAGUCGAUUUCUCAUCGAGAACCGUCAUUUCUCCCGAUCCUAACCUGGAGAUCGAUCAAGUCGGAGUUCCCAAGCACAUCGCAAAAAUAUUAACGUUUCCGGAAAGAGUCAUACACGCGAACAUCGACGUUAUGAGAAAGCUGGUCAUCAACGGCCCCGAUAAUUGGCCGGGGGCGAAUUACGUGCAGCAGAAGGGCUCCCAAUUCAAGAAGUUCCUGAAAUACGGCAACAGGGAAAAACUGGCGCAGGAGUUGAAGUUGGGCGAUAUGGUAGAACGGCAUUUGCACGACAACGAUGUAGUCUUGUUCAAUCGACAACCGAGUCUUCAUAAACUAUCUAUCAUGGCGCACAGGGCGAAAAUCCACAAUCACCGGACGUUCAGGUUCAACGAGUGCGUUUGUAAUCCGUAUAACGCGGAUUUCGAUGGGGACGAGAUGAACUUGCAUUUACCACAAACCGAAGAAGCCAAAGCCGAAGCUCUAAUUCUCAUGGGCAACAAAAGUAACCUAGUAACGCCGAGAAACGGCGAGCUUCUCAUUGCCGCUACGCAAGAUUUCUUGACCGGUGCUUAUUUAUUAACGAGGAAAGAUACUUUUUUGGAUAAAACGCACGCCACGUAUCUAGCGGCUACUCUUUUAGCCGGGAACGAUACUCACAUGCAUAUCGAUUUACCUACACCUUGCAUUAUUAAACCCGUUCCUCUUUGGUCCGGCAAGCAAAUUUGCAGCUUGAUAUUCAGACCCAACAAAAAGUCGGUCGUCAAAGCCAAUCUCGAAGCUAAAGGUAAAGCUUACACUAAAAACAGGGAAAUGUGCGUGAAGGAUUCGUAUGUAAUAAUUAGGAAUUCGGAAUUGCUCGCCGGUACUUUGGACAAAGGGCAUCUGGGUAACGGUGGCAAAGGCGGCAAUAUUUUCUACGUUAUAUUGAGAGACUUUGGCAAAGAAUUCGCUAUCAGAUCCAUGUGGAGAUUAGCGAGAAUGACUUCUACGUAUUUAAUGAAUUCGGGAUUUUCUAUCGGAAUAGGCGAUGUUACUCCUGGUGAAAAUUUAGUACGAAGAAAAAAUAAACUUCUUAGCGAAGGAUAUACCAAAUGCCAAGAAUUCAUUCAACAGAUGAACGACGGUAAACUCCAAACACAACCAGGUUGUUCCAUAGAAGAAUCCCUGGAAGCAGUCAUUUUGAAAGAACUCUCCGUUAUAAGAGAACACGCAGGUCAAGCGUGCGUCGCCGAGCUACACGCUACUAAUAGUCCUCUUAUUAUGGCUUUAUCCGGCUCGAAAGGUUCCUUCAUUAACAUUUCUCAGAUGAUAGCUUGUGUUGGACAACAAGCUCUGAACGGUAAAAGAGUCCCUAACGGUUUCGACGAUAGGUCUUUGCCGCAUUUCGAGCACUUUUCAAAAACUCCUGAAGCCAAGGGUUUCGUAGAGAAUAGUUUCUACACCGGAUUGACACCCACAGAAUUUUUCUUUCACACAAUGGGCGGUCGAGAAGGUCUAGUAGAUACUGCCGUAAAAACUGCCGAAACUGGUUACAUGCAAAGGAGAUUAGUUAAGGCUCUUGAAGAUUUAGUUGUACAUUAUGAUGGUUCAGUAAGAAACGCGGAAGGCGAUAUUGUCCAAAUAACUUACGGAUGCGACGGUUUAGAUCCCACUUACAUGGAAGGUAAAGAUUGCCCGGUGGACUUUCAAAGAGUUUUAGAUCACGUAAAAGCCAAAUGCCCUUACCGGCAAGAAGUCUCCCUUAGCGGAGAUCAAAUCCGAAGGGCCACUCAAGCUUUCAUCGCGACGAAAGCACUAGACGAAUGCAACGAGCAUUUCACGAACGAACUAAUAAAAUUCAUGAACACCAUCGCCGAUAGAGUUGAAGCGGUUACGAGCAAAUUCGGCAGUAGCCCUUUGGCGAAAGAAAUCGAACGGUUGACCUGCAGCCAGUUGGUUACGUUCCUCGAUACGUGCGGUCAGAAGUACACCAGAUCGAUAAUAGAGCCGGGAACGGCCGUUGGGGCUCUGGCAGCUCAAAGUAUCGGAGAACCCGGCACGCAAAUGACGCUGAAGACUUUCCAUUUCGCCGGCGUCGCCAGCAUGAAUAUCACUCAAGGGGUUCCCAGAAUAAAGGAGAUUAUAAACGCGAGUAAAAGUAUCAGUACUCCUAUUAUAAGGGCUUGUUUGGUGAAUAAUGUCGACCCGUGGUUCGCUAGGGAGGUUAAAGGAAGAGUAGAAAGAACGACUUUAGGAGAGAUUUCUACGUUUAUUGAUGAUAUUUACACGAAGACAGAUGCGUUUCUGUUAAUCCAAUUGAAUUACGAAAGAAUCAAGUUGCUUAAAUUGGAAGUUGAUGCAGAAUCUAUUCGAUACAGUCUGUGUACAUCAAAGCUGAAAUUGAAACCAUCAGAUGUAAUUGUAGAAAGCGAUACUAUAAUAACAGUUCAUCCGAAUAGGAGUAAAAAUUCAAGGCGAUUGAAUUUUGCUCUUAGCGAACUAAAAGAACAAAUUCCCAAUGUUGUUGUUAAGGGCUUAUCGACAGUAAACAGAGCGGUUAUAGCAAGGGAAGAUAAAGGUGGUAAAACUACAUACAGUCUAUGCGUAGAAGGUGAUAAUUUACGAGAAGUUAUGGCAACUUACGGAGUAGAUGGAACGAAAACCCUUUCUAAUAAUAUCAUGGAGGUUUACCAUACAUUGGGAAUAGAAGCCGCAAGAGAAACUAUUAUGACGGAAAUUAAAAUGGUUAUGGAAAACCACGGUAUGAGCGUAGACUAUAGACAUAUCAUGUUAUUAGCUGCACAAAUGACUCAUACAGGCGAAGUGUUGGGAAUUACUAGGCAGGGACUCUCGAAAAUGAAGCAAUCUGUAUUGAAUUUAGCUUCAUUCGAAAAAACUGCUGAUCAUCUGUUCGAUGCUGCGUAUUAUGGACAAACCGAUAAGAUUAACGGCGUUUCUGAGAAUAUUAUUAUGGGAAUGCCUGCUCCGAUUGGCACGGGUAUCUUUAAGCUCCUUCAUAAGCCUUUGAGUGUUGAUCAAGCGCCGGUAUCGGAGCCGUUACUGUUCGAAACGGCUUUGAAAGAAGUUGGUUAA